AUGGUGUAUUUAAACAAAGAAGUACUUAGUGAAAAAUGCCACAUUUCAAAUACUAACGUCAUUACAAUUCGUACAAUAUCUAUCUUUAUAGGAAAUAUGUUGGAUUUGAAAGAUAUUUGUAUAUUGAAAAUAGUAAAGUUGAUUAAAGAUGGCAAUUUAAAUGUAUUGAGCUAUAAUCAAAUAUUACCAUUGGAUUUGAUAGAGUAUCUUUUGACGAUGCUUCAAAAGAUUGAAAAAUGGCCACUUAAUAAUCAAUUCCUAGAAUAUCUAUCACUGUACUCCAUAGAGUCUUUAGAUCUUGGAAAUCAAGAACUUAUAAAUCUAAGCCAAUGGUCAAACUAUUUAGAUUUAUUAAAUAAUAAUAAUAAUAAUAAUAAUAAUUGUAAUAAUAAUAAUAAAAGUAACGAUAAUAAUAAUAAUAUUUGUAAUAAUAAUAGUUUAUAUAGUAUAUGUAAUAGUUUAAGUCAAUUAUCAUUAUCUGGUAUAUCGAUGUUAAAUGACCAGAUAUUAUCGAGAUUGCUAAAGCAUUUCCAACGAUCUUUAAAGUCGUUAAAGUUAUCACAUUGCACAUUAUUAGAUGGUUCGUUCAUUGCAAGUUUCAACCAGUCUGUUUUUAAAUCGAUAGAGUAUCUUAAUGUUCGUGGAUGUAUCUCUAUGAUACCAGAUAACUUUUUAUUUGUUAAUAUUAAAGAAUUGAUAUUAUCAAAGACGAAUGUAACCAACGAUGAUCUGUCGAUGUUUGGCAACGAAUCAACGUUACGUUCGAACGCAUCAAACAACAGAUACAUCGAAAAAGAUGAUGAAGCUGGUGGUGAUGUCUUUAUAUCAAAGCCAUUCAGACCGAAUCUAGUUGAACUAAUUUUGAAAAUGACAACUUCAAAGAAUGAUAACGAUACAACAACACAACUUGAACACAAACAACAAAAUCAACAACAACAACAACAACAAAAUCUUUGUACACAAAUUAUUAAGCAAAAUAAACAAUAUAAAGUAAAGAUGAAUCAUAAAAAGACAACUGCACCAAUGUCAUCUGCACCGGGAUCACGUGGUAUCGGUGGAAGUGCUCCAAAGAAAUUGGUUAUCAAGAAUCUAAAGACUGUUACCAAUUCAUUUGAUAACUAUGAGAGUGAAUCUUGGUUGCAGUUAGAGAAUGCUGUUAACUGUAUACAUAUGAAACUAUCUAUACAAUUAACUUUAGAGGAUUUAUAUAGAAUGGUGGAGAAUAUAUGUUUAUCAGGAAAUGCAACGAAUUUAUAUAAGAAACUAUCAGAACUCAUUGAAAAGCAUGUGAAGCAUUCAUUGAAGAGUCUAGUUGGUUCGACAUCCGAUCUCGUCGAUUAUCUAGGUUUAUUAAAUACAUGUUGGAAAGAUCACUCAAAUAAUUUAAUUCUUAUUAUGAGUAUAUUCCUUACUCUAGAUAGAACCUAUGUUAUUCAGAAUGCAAACACUGUAAAAUCGAUAUGGGAUCUAGGAUUACAUUAUUUCAGAGAGACAUUGUUAUCCACACCAGAGUUGGAUAGAAAGUUAAAGGGUGGUCUAUUGGUAUCGAUUGAAAGCGAGAGAAACGGUGAGACUGUCAACAGAGAUUUACUAUCGAGUUUAAUUAAAAUGAUGAAAUCAUUGCAUGGUAAUAGGUUGGUGGUAGACUACGAGCUACCGAGAUAUCUCAAACAUGUACAGACGAGAUUGAACGAGGAAUACGAUAGAUCGUUGAGAUAUCUCGAUGUUGUCACCCGAAAGUUGAUUGUUGCUAUGGUCGAGAAGCAUUUGAUCGAGCGACACAGUAAUGCAUUGAUUGCAAAGGGAUUCGAUCAGCUAAUCGAUUUGAAUCGUAUCGAUGACUUGCAGUUGAUGUACAGUAUAUUGGCAAGAGUAGGUGUACUCCAACAACUCAAGACUGCCUGGUCUAACUAUAUCAAAAAGACUGGUUUGGCAAUGGUCACCGACACCGAGAAGGAAUCGACACUCAUUCAAGAUCUCAUUGCAUUCAAAUCAAAGUUGGAUGUAAUCCUAAGCGUAUCCUAUCAAAAGUCCGACCUAAUGACAUACUCACUCAAAGAGUCAUUCGAGAACUUUAUGAACAAAGGUGAUAAUAGAUUAGCAGAGUUAAUUGCUAAAUAUAUUGAUUCAAAGUUGAGAUCAGGUAAUAAAGGAAUGACAGAGGACGAGUUGGAGGAUACAUUAAGUAAGGCAUUGAUUCUCUUUAGAUAUAUUCAAGGAAAGGAUGUGUUUGAGGCAUUCUACAAGAUUGAUUUAUCUAGACGUUUGUUGUUGGAAAAGUCUACAUCGAUCGACGCAGAAAAGUCAAUGGUUUCAAAGCUAAGAGCAGAGUGUGGAAACACAUUCACUCAGAAACUCGAAGGAAUGUUCCAGGACAUUGAACUAUCAGAGGAAAUCAUGCAAAAUUUUAAACAAUCAACAUCACUUCCCAUUACUAUCAAUGUUUUCGUCCUUACCGCUGGUAAUUGGCCAACCUAUACUCCAAUGGAAGCAUUAUUACCAAAAGAGUUCGUAGAACAACAAGAGUUGUUCACACAGUUUUACACCAAAAAGUAUAGUAACAGAAAAUUGUUAUGGCAAAAUCCAUUGGCACAUUGUAUUCUGAAAGCUACUUUCCCAUCUGGAAAGAAAGAAUUAUAUGUAUCUUUAUUCCAGACACUCAUUCUCAAUCAAUUUAAUAAUGCAGAUGAAUUGACAUUUACACAGAUCAAAGAGUUGACCGGUAUAGAAGAGGAAACACUCAAAAAGAAUAUUAAACCAUUGACGAGCUCAAAGACAAGAAUACUCAAUAGAAAAUCAAAGACUAAAUCAAAGUCGAUCGAAUCCGAUGAUCUCUUCUCUUUCAACAACGAUUUCACACAAAAGUUGGUUCGUAUCAAGGUCAAUGCCAUCCAAUCACAAGAGACCGUUGAAGAGAACAAAAAGACAAACGAUGGUGUCAUUCAAGAUCGUCAUCAAAACAUCGAUGCUGCCGUAGUCAGAAUCAUGAAGGCCAGAAAGUCACUCACUCACAACCUCUUGAUUGCCGAACUCAUUCAACAACUCAAGUUUUCACCAAAGAUCAUUUUUGAUCAUAUUAGAUUAAAACGAUGUUGUUCUCAUGAUAGAUGUUCAAAACAUUUCAAAUACAAUGAAAUGAUUAAAAAUCCUUAUAUGAUGGCAUACUAUAAUUAUUUCAAUUUGUUUGAAAAGUUUAUGGAGGGAGCAAAGAGUAACAGUAAUUUGGAGUGUACUACGGUCAAUUCAAACCUGUUGUUUAUCACUGCCACCAGAGUUGGAAAUCUACCGAUGAUAAAGUAUCUUAUCGAUUAUUACGAUCCAUUCGAUAACCAGUAUACAUUGAACAACAUGUUGGUAGCGGCAUGCCAGUUUGAUCGAUUCAACAUCAUCAAGUAUUCUUUUGAAAAAGUUUAA